CCAUUCACAACUUAAAUCCAAUUAAUUCAGCUCAAAAUUCACAGCCAAAAAAAAAAAAAAAACCCAGUUUCCCUUCCUCACUUCGAGAAAUUUCACUCCAAUCCUAGUCAAAUCUGCUGUUUCUUCAUCGCCGGGCGGUUAAUCAAAGUCGAAAGCAAAGCAAAAGUGAAGUUACUGGUGCAGCAGUUCUCUUCAGCUCGACCAAUUCAAUUUUGAGAUGGAAGAGGAGGGUGUGGUUGGAGUUCUGCAGCGAUAUAGGCGGGACAGGAGAGUGCUGCUGAGUUUCAUUUUAUCUGGUAGCUUAAUCAAGAAGGUGGUAAUGCCCCCAGGAGCAGUUUCGUUGGAUGAUGUGGAUCUGGAUCAAGUCAGUGUUGACCAUGUUUUGAAUUGUGCCAAGAAAGGAGAAAUGCUUGACCUCUCAGAAGCUAUUAGAGAGUAUCAUGACAGUACUUUGUUCCCAAAUAUGAAUAAAGCAGGUCCUGCCGAUGAAUUCUUUUUGGUUACGGAUCCUAUUUCUUCAGGUUCACCUCCAAGAAGGGAACCUCCUCUUCUCCACAGUAUUAUGCCAUCCCCCAUUUUGCCAAGUCUAGCAACUCCAGAGACUCUUGAUUCUGCAGAAGAUGAAAAUUUGUUAAAUCUAUCAAAGUCCCAGUCUCUUAACUCCACACAAGUUCAAGAGUUGACUAUCGAUGACAUUGAUGAUUUUGAUGAUGAUGAAGAUUUGGAAGAAGUUGAUAGUCAGCGAUACUCUAGACGAGUUCUGAAUGAUGCUGCUGAUCUGGAGCUUGGAUUGCCUUCAUUUGCCACAGGUAUUAUGGAUGAUGAUCUCCGUGAAACUGCAUAUGAGAUUCUCUUGGCUUCUGCUGGAGCUUCAGGGGGCCUCAUUGUUCCUGUCAAAGAAAAAAAGAAAGAUAAAAAAUCAAGAUUGAUGAGGAAGUUGGGACGCAGUAAGGGUGAACAUGUUGCGACACAAAAUCAGCAGACAUCUGGUUUAGUUAGUCUUUUGGAGACAAUGCGUGUCCAAAUGGAGAUUACUGAGGCAAUGGAUGUUAGAACAAGAAUUGGCCUUCUGAAUGCAAUGGUGGGAAAAGUUGGGAAAAGAAUGGAUGCUCUUUUGAUUCCACUGGAAUUGCUGUGUUGUAUAUCACGUACAGAGUUUUCUGACAAGAAGUCAUAUAUCAAAUGGCAAAAAAGACAACUAAAUGUGAUGGAGGAAGGCCUUAUCAAUCAUCCUGCUGUAGGAUUUGGAGAAUCUGGCCGCAAAGCAAGUGAGUUAAGGGUGCUGUUGGCAAAGAUUGAGGAAUCUGAGAUGCUUACACCCUCUGCUGGUGAGCUUCAGCGGACAGAAUGUUUAAGAUGUCUGAGAGAUGUUGCUACUCCCCUUGCAGAGAGGCCUGCUCGAGGUGACUUAACUGGUGAAAUAUGCCAUUGGGCAGAUGGUUAUCACUUAAAUGUUAGAUUAUAUGAAAAACUGCUUCUCAGCGUAUUUGACAUUCUUGACGAAGGAAAACUUGCAGAGGAAGUGGAAGAAAUCUUGGAGCUUUUGAAGUCCACUUGGCGAAUUCUGGGAAUCACAGAAACCAUCCAUUAUACUUGCUAUGCAUGGGUGUUGUUUCGUCAGUUUGUUCUCACGGGCGAGCGAGGGUUGUUGCAACAUUCUAUUGAACAAUUGAAGAAAAUCCCUUUGAAGGAGCAGCGAGGAUCACAGGAGAGGUUGCACUUGAAAAGUUUGCUUGGAAGAGUUGAAAGUGAGAAUGGAGUUCAAGAGAUGACGUUUUUACAAUCUUUCUUACUACCAAUCCAGAAAUGGACUGAUAAGCAUCUCGGAGAUUACCAUCAUCAUUAUACUGAGGCCACAGCAAUGAUGGAGAGUGUAUUAGUUGCAGCAAUGGUUGUUCGAAGACUUCUUUGUGAAGAACCUGAAAUGGCAAUGUACACUGGACCUGUCGCAGAUACUGAGCAGAUAGAAUCAUAUGUUUUGUCAUCCAUUAAAAGUGCAUAUGUGAGGAUAAUUAAGGAUGUUGAGACGAUGUCUGAUGUAACACACGAGCAUCCGUUGGCAUCACUUGCAGAGCAAACAAAGAAACUUUUGAAAAAAGAUGCAACUAUGUAUAUGCCUAUCCUAUCUCAGAGGCACUCAAAUGCAACUGCUGUUUCUGCCUCUCUCAUUCACAAGCUUUUUGGAAUCAAAUUGAAACCAUUUCUCGAUAGUGUUGAACAUCUCACUGAAGAUACUGUAGCUGUAUUUCCUGCUGCUAAUAGCCUUGAGCAGUAUGUAAUAGAAGUCAUCAUGUCAAACUGCAACGAAGAAACUGGAGAAAUGUAUUGCAAGAAACUAAAUUUAUACAAGAUCGAGACUAUAUCUGGGACACUGGUGCUGAGAUGGGUGAAUUCGCAACUUGGGAGAAUUUUAAGUUGGGUUGAGCGUGCUAUUGAACAAGAGAGAUGGGUCCCUGUGUCACCUCAACAAAGGCAUGGAAGUUCAAUUGUUGAAGUCUACAGAAUUGUGGAAGAGACAGUUGAUCAAUUUUUUGCUCUGAAAGUCCCAAUGAGGUCUAGUGAACUAAGCAGCCUCCUUCGUGGCAUUGACAAUGCAUUUCAAGUGUAUGCAAGGAGUGUGGUGAAUCAACUAGCCAAGAAAGAAGAUGUUAUUCCUCCUGUGCCGAUUCUUACACGUUACUCUAAAGAAGGUGGAAUUAAGGCACUAGUAAAAAAGGAACUGAGGGAUCCAAGGCAACCUGAUGUGAAAAGGUCGACUGAUUAUAGUGCUUUGACAACACCAACGGUUUGUGUUCAGUUGAAUACACUUUACUAUGCAAUUAGCCAACUGAAUAAGUUGGAAGAUAGCAUUUGGGAGAGAUGGACAAGGAAAAACUACCAUGAUAAGUCAAUAAGGAGACCUACAGAAGAAAAUUUAAGAAGUUCCACACAGAAAGAGACUUUUGAUGGCAGUAGAAAAGAUAUAAAUGCUGCUAUUAACCGAGUUUGUGAGUUCACUGGAACUAAAAUAAUUUUUUGGGACCUCAGAGAGUCUUUUAUUGACAAUCUUUAUAAGCCAACUGUUUCUCAGUGUAGGUUUGAAACAUUGAUUGAUCAACUGGAUUUGGUACUCAAUCAACUUUGUGAUAUAAUUGUGGAGCAACUCCGAGAUCGUGUUGUAACAGGUCUCCUCCAAGCCUCACUGGAUGGCUUACUCCGCGUCAUUUUGGAUGGAGGCCCAUCACGCAUUUUUACCCUUGCUGAUGCUAAGUUAUUGGAGGAAGAUGUAGAGGUCUUAAAGGAGUUUUUCAUCUCUGGUGGAGAUGGGCUUCCUCGUGGAGGAGUUGAAAAUCAAGUAGCUGGCGUACGGCAGGUGAUAAAGUUGCUUGGUUAUGAGACGCGGGAGUUGAUCGAGGACUUAAAAUCUGCAAGUGAAUUAGAGCUGCAGGGUGGCAGGAGCAAAUUGGGUGCAGAUACGAAAACCCUCCUGAGGAUUUUGUGUCAUAGGGGUGAUUCAGAAGCUUCUCAGUUCCUCAAGAAACAUUACAGGAUACCAAAAUCUGCCACUUAGACAGAUGCUAUUUUUCUCAAAAAUUUCAAGUGGAGUUAAUAAUUCAUUUUGUACCUUGUAGGCUUUGCUAAGAACUGUAGUAUAUCUAAUUGUUCUACAGUAUUAAAUAUUCUACCCCACAAUCGCUCUUUCCUUCUGGCACCCUUCAACUCGUUUAUUUAGUUGUUUAUUUGUUUUUUCUC